CCACCACCACCACCCCAGCCCCCGACCCCGGCCUUCCCUCCUAGGAGCAGCGCCGACCUCUGCCUCGAGGCGCGGCCCCCGCCCUCCUCCGACUCCCCGACCUCCCUCUUCCUUCCUCCCGCCCUCGGGAUCGACUAGAUUCCCCACCACCACCACCAACCUCCCCGAGGAUUCCGGCUGGAUCCCUGCACCGCGGAUCCUGCGCUCCGGGAGGCCCCGAGCCCCUAGGGAUUGCUGUGAACUCCUCCAGCACCUGAUCCCUUAGGAUCCUCCUCCGGACCACCUUCUGGUCCCUCGAAGCUGACCCACUGAGCCAGUGGAUCUCCAAUCCAGUCCUGUCUCGUUGCCCCCCUCCUUGUUCUGCCGUCCCCACUGCGGGGUUCCCUGUUUUUUGGGGGGCUCCUCCGGAUCCCCCAUAUCCUAGCUCUUCUUUUCCUGGGGAUCGACUGGAUCCCGGCCCCGCCCCCCGGGGCUGGGGCGAUCCCCCUCCCCCGCCGGGUGAGGCGCUGCGGGCGGGGGCUGGGCCUGCGGGGCCGCGGGGGCUCAGAGGCCGCCGCCCCCCUUCUGAAGCCCGUCUGCCCCCCCACUUGGAGCCCUGGAUGAAGGCACCACGGCCCCAGGGCUGAGCCAGGGAGGUUGGGACUGGGACUUCUGGGUCGCCAGGGAGAGCCAGCCUGGGAGGAAGAAAGGGGCUGGAAGGGGCACGCUGGGUCUGGAACAGUGACCCGCUCUCCCGCGCCUCUGUCCUUCUUAACUUUUACCACACACUGAUCCCUCCCCCAAACUGGGUCUCUGCUGAGGGGAAGAGGGCAGGCGGAGUGCAGGAUUGGGGGGGAUAGGUCGGGCCUGCCUGCACCUUCCUCCGCAUCCUUCCCCUUCCCCACCCCUUGCCCCCUCCAUGGAGAGGAACAGACUCCUCUGCCCCUUCUAACCCAGGUCCCUUCCAGCCCCCCUCCUCCGUCCUCUCCCCGCCCCCUCCUCCCCCCUGGGGCGAGGGGGGCCUCCCUCCCUCUCCCCCCUUCUCUCUCUCUCCGAGGGGGGGGCCUGGGGAGGGAGGGGGGGUCCCCCGAUCAGCAUGUGGCUCCUGGCGUUGUGUCUGGUGGGGCUGGCUGGGGCUCAACGGGGAGGAGGGGGUCCCGGCGGCGGCGGCGGCGGUGCCCCGGGCGGCCCGGGCCUGGGCCUCGGCAGCCUCGGGGAAGAGCGCUUCCCGGUGGUGAACACCGCCUACGGGCGAGUGCGCGGCGUGCGGCGCGAGCUCAACAACGAGAUCCUGGGCCCCGUCGUGCAGUUCUUGGGCGUGCCCUACGCCACGCCGCCCCUGGGCGCCCGUCGCUUCCAGCCGCCGGAGGCCCCCGCCUCGUGGCCCGGCGUGCGCAACGCCACCGCGCUGCCGCCCGCCUGCCCGCAGAACCUGCACGGGGCCCUGCCGGCCAUCAUGCUGCCCGUGUGGUUCACCGACAACUUGGAGGCAGCCGCCACCUACGUGCAGAACCAGAGCGAGGACUGCCUGUACCUCAACCUCUACGUGCCCACCGAGGACGGUCCGCUCACAAAAAAACGUGACGAGGCGACGCUCAAUCCGCCAGACACAGAUAUUCGGGACUCCGGGAAGAAACCCGUCAUGCUGUUUCUACAUGGCGGCUCCUACAUGGAGGGCACCGGGAACAUGUUCGACGGCUCAGUCCUGGCUGCCUAUGGCAACGUCAUCGUAGCCACGCUCAACUACCGUCUUGGGGUACUCGGUUUUCUCAGCACUGGUGACCAGGCUGCAAAAGGCAACUACGGGCUCCUGGACCAGAUCCAGGCCCUGCGAUGGCUCAGUGAAAACAUCGCCCACUUUGGAGGCGAUCCUGAGCGCAUCACCAUCUUUGGGUCUGGGGCAGGGGCCUCCUGUGUCAACCUGCUGAUUCUCUCCCACCAUUCAGAAGGGCUGUUCCAGAAGGCCAUUGCUCAAAGUGGCACCGCCAUUUCCAGCUGGUCUGUCAACUACCAGCCGCUCAAGUACACGCGACUGCUGGCAGCCAAGGUGGGCUGCGACCGGGAGGACACUGCUGAGGCCGUGGAGUGUCUGCGCCGGAAGCCUUCCAGAGAGCUGGUGGACCAGGAUGUGCAGCCCGCCCGCUACCAUAUCGCCUUUGGGCCUGUGGUGGACGGCGACGUGGUCCCCGACGAUCCUGAGAUCCUCAUGCAGCAGGGGGAGUUCCUGAACUACGACAUGCUCAUCGGCGUCAACCAGGGGGAGGGCCUCAAGUUCGUGGAGGACUCUGCCGAGAGCGAGGACGGCGUGUCCGCCAGCGCCUUCGAUUUCACUGUCUCCAACUUCGUCGACAACCUGUAUGGCUACCCCGAGGGCAAGGACGUGCUGCGGGAGACCAUCAAGUUCAUGUACACCGACUGGGCGGACCGGGACAAUGGCGAGAUGCGGCGCAAGACUCUGCUGGCCCUCUUCACUGACCACCAGUGGGUAGCGCCGGCUGUGGCCACUGCCAAGCUGCACGCCGACUACCAGUCCCCUGUCUACUUUUAUACCUUCUAUCACCACUGCCAGGCUGAGGGCCGGCCAGAGUGGGCAGAUGCAGCCCAUGGGGACGAACUUCCCUAUGUCUUUGGUGUGCCCAUGGUGGGCGCCACUGACCUCUUCCCCUGCAACUUCUCCAAGAAUGACGUCAUGCUCAGCGCAGUAGUCAUGACCUACUGGACCAACUUCGCCAAGACUGGUGACCCCAACCAGCCUGUGCCACAGGACACCAAGUUCAUCCACACCAAGCCCAACCGCUUCGAAGAGGUGGUGUGGAGCAAGUUCAGCAGCAAGGAGAAGCAGUACCUGCACAUCGGCCUGAAGCCGCGCGUGCGCGACAACUACCGGGCCAACAAGGUGGCCUUCUGGCUGGAGCUCGUGCCCCACCUGCACAACCUGCACACGGAGCUCUUCACCACCACCACGCGCCUGCCUCCCUAUGCCACCCACCAGUCCGUUCACCCGCCGAGUCACGGCUCCCCUGGCACACGCCGCCCACCUCUGCAGACCCCCCUGCCAUCUGACUCUGACCUGGAGCUGGGUCCCAGGGCCUAUGACCGCUUCCCCGGGGACUCGCGGGACUACUCCACGGAGCUCAGCGUCACGGUGGCCGUGGGAGCCUCCCUCCUCUUCCUCAACAUCCUCGCCUUCGCCGCCCUCUACUACAAGCGGGACCGGAGGCAGGAACUGCGGUGCCGGAGGCUCAGCCCGCCCGGAGGCUCGGGCUCAGGUGUGCCUGGUGGAGGACCCCUGCUCCCCACUGCUGGCCGAGAGCUGCCCCCGGAGGAGGAGCUGGUGUCUCUGCAGCUGAAGCGGGGCGGUGGCGUGGGGGCGGACCCUGCUGAGGCCCUGCGCCCCGCCUGCCCACCCGACUACACCCUGGCCCUGCGCCGGGCACCGGACGAUGUGCCUCUCUUGGCCCCUGGGGCCCUGACCCUGCUGCCUAGUGGCCUAGGACCCCCACCACCCCCACCGCCUCCGUCUCUUCAUCCUUUCGGGCCCUUCCCGCCGCCUCCCCCCACCGCUGCCAGCCACAACAACACGCUACCCCAUCCCCACUCCACCACUCGGGUAUAGGGGGCAGCUUGGGGAGCCUGCCUCCCCAGCCCUCCCCAGCCCAGGCCUCUCUGAAGGCAGGGAGGAGGACUUGGCACCAGGCUUGUCUACUGUGGAGUUGUCACAGGUCAUCGAGCAGCAUUAAGGCGGACAUGGGAUUCCUCACUGGGAUGCAAGUUUCUCCCAUGCGGAGAGGCCCGUCCUCUUCUCUGGACCUGGGACUUUGAACACCUGGGGGGAGGUUUAUGCCCUCCAUUGGGACACCAGUGUACGGUGUGUGGAGAUGUGGAAGUCUUUUCCCAUGUGGAGGUGUGCUUUACGCAUCAGGGGGUGUUUUCCCAUGUGCAGGGUGAGGUUUUUUUUGCCGCCCUGGACACAUGUUGACCCCCUCAAAGAAUUCCUGUGGGGAUUUGUACCCCAGAAUCCUGUUCCCUCAUGCCUCUGGCCCUCCUCCUCCUCUCCCAAUCCUUGGAGACCCUGGAAGAGAAGUGUUUAUAUACAGUGACCCUUGGCCACCAGACAACAGAGGGUGGUACCCGAGGAGCAGCAACGACAUCACAGACACCCCGAUCCCACUCUCCCCGUCACCCCUACAAAGCAUGUUUCCCCCCAUGGCACAAGUCAGGACAAGCACGGUCUCCUAGGAAGGCCCUUGCCUUCUGCAGACAACUGAUUUCCUGCCAAGGGGAAGGGAGACCUGUGCUCCCACUGCGGCCUGGAAAUGUCUUUUCCCAUGGUCCAGGACACAUUUCACUGAAUGGAGACAUGUUCUUGCAUGUGGAUGUGUGCUUCCCAGGCAGAGGGUCCCCGUCUCCCCAGCACUUCCCUGCACCCCCCAAGCCGCAGGCCCAGCACUCAGUUCCUCCUCACGUAACAGGUGGGAAUGGACUUCAGCGUGACAGAAGCUAAGGGGGUGUACAAACCGAGGGAGCUGCUGAGAUGAGAGGAUGGGGGCAUGGCAUAUGCCACCCACAGAAGCCAUGCAUGUUUGACCAGAGCCCUCGUGGGGCCUGAGGACAGCCUUUCCUUCAGUCCUCAGAACAUUGCUCAUCUGUGCCAAACUGGGUCGGUGGGUUGGGGGCGGGCGGAGAACUUCAAAAUGUGCCAAGGAUCCCCUAGUCCUAGGCCAGGUUGAGGGAAACAACAGAGGGCAGUGAAGGGGGCUCUUACCCACGCCUUGUCUCUGUGUCACGCCGCCCUCUCUGCCGCGGCUCCUCGCUCCCCCCUGGUUCCUGUGUCAAAGUUGUCCCCAUCUCCGGGUCAGACCAGCUUUCUCUCUUCACCUUCUCUGACCUGCUCCCCUCCCUACCUGCUCAGGCUGAUGGAUGGAAAGGAGCAGAGGGGAGGGAGGGAACGAACGCGGAGAAAGGUUGCAUGGGCAGUUUGAGGAGAGAAUGAGGUCAGCUGCACGGAGGAGCAGAUGGAGGGGGCCGUAGGGGACAGGGGCUUGGGCAGAUACCAGCAGGGAGAAUUUGAAAGGAAAUGUGUGAGGCAGCUGCCCAGAGGUCCUUGGGUUUAGGCGCUCUGGGGAAAAGAACCAUCGUAGGGGACACCAGUGGAGGUGUCGUGUGGCUCUCUGUGGGAUGCUAGUGCCAAACGUGUAUAGGGGUGGGGUGCUGUCUUCCACUGACGCCCAGAUCCAGAAUCCUGGUCUUGAGUUCCCUGGCCUUCCUCCCACUUCCACCCAUGGAAAUGUAGUUCUUUUCUGGCCCUUUCCCUGCCUGGUCUAGCAAUUCUUGGAGCAGCCAUGCCUUCCAAAUGCUAUCAGCCUGGGCCUUGAGCCAUGUAGGCAGAUAUCCCCAGACCUAGGGCAUGAGAGCGGGGCUGGGGGAACCCCAUGAUAUAGCCACGGACUCCAAUUCCAAUACCCAGCCCCUCCAGAACAAUCCCGUGACCCCACCCCAACCCUUUGCGGCUCUGUACACAUUUUUAAACCUGGCAAAAGAUGAGAAUAUUGUAAAUAUAAAAAGUUUAACUGUU